AGUGCGGUACUAAAAUUCUUUCGCAAAUCUUGGUUUUCCUGUAAAGUUUAAAUAUUUUGCUAAAAUAACGUUUUGAGAAUAUGCCUACCGUUUUAAGAGCAAAAUGUCUCAUCGUAGGAGACUCAACCGUUGGAAAAAGUGCAAUUACUCAAGUAUUUCAUAGUGAUGGUACUCAUUUUCCCAAAACCUAUUCAAUGACAACAAAUAUCGAACUUGUUACAAAGCCCGUCCAGAUUCCCGAAAGUCAUGAUCAAGUUGAAAUGUUUCUCUUUGACAAUGCUGGCAAAGAAGUUUUCUGUGAUCAAGUUAUGAAACACUGGUCAAAUCCAUCAUUACUAAUGUUAGUCUAUGAUGUCACAAGUGAAACUUCAUUUAGCAGCUGUAGUAAAUGGCUAAGUCGGGUUCAGUCAAUAAAAUCUCAUGGCACUGUACCUGGUGUUCUUGUAGCAAACAAAGUAGAUUUAACAGAAAGACGUAUCAUAUCUACAAAGGAAGGUGAAGAGUUUGCUAACAAUAAUAAACUUGAUUAUUUUGAAGUUUCGGCGAAAUCAAUGGAAAAUGUUGAACAACCGUUCAUUCAUCUAUGUAAGAGAUAUUAUGAACUUUAUCGAGAGAAGAUAGAACAUUUUGAAAAUCUUGGUUGUUCCGUAUAGAGAUUUUAUCAACCCUUACUUCAUAAACCAUACGUAAUCAAUAAAUAAUAUAUUUAUUACAAUUUUUUCAAUAUCCAUCCAUAGAAACUGCACAUAUUAAAUUUAAUACAAGAAAGUGAAUAAUAAAAGACGAAAGGGUGUUAAUUGCGAGUUUUUAAUUAGCUAAUUACGUUGUGUAAAGUACACCUUUCUUUUUAAAGUAUUUAUAUGUCUUGUAAAAGAACACAGGAAGUUGUGAUAAAAUGUUUCUAAAACAUUUCUUUUAAGCUUUGUUCGAUCUAACUACCGUCUAAAUAUUGAAUAUAAAAGGCAUUAUUGCACUGAAGGAGAAUUUACGGCCGGCUUUAGAUGACCUGAUUAGAGAAUUCAAAAAAAUUUUUACAAUAAAAAUAUGUUAUUCUAAAUUCGUGUUGAUAAGAUCAUUUAACUGAUAAUGGAAAAUGCUGAAUAACUGUACGCUUUAUAGUUCAAGUGGCUUAUAUUCACUAUAAGAAAGCGUGACUUUAUGAUUUACUCUUGUAGUGUUUAGAUAGUACUCUAUUUCAUGUUUUUACGGAUUAGAAACCUUUUCCUUAAAGAUUAACCUCAAGAAUGUUGAAAAAAAUUUUUUAUUCGAGGAUACAAUUCGAC